AUGGGUUCCACGCAAGAGUCAUUGCCAAUUAUCUGGCGCCACGAAACGUCCGAGGCUGAAUAUGAGCAGGCUACUGUAGGAAGAGUUUUUAACAUGAGACGACCAACACGUCGGCCUCUCGCAGUGGUGCAUGCGGCCAACGAAUCACACAUCGUCACGGCCGUCAAGUUGGCCAUUCAACAGAAAUGUCGAGUAGCAGUACGCUCCGGCGGUCAUAGUUGGGCAGCUUGGAGUGUCCGAGAAGACAGCAUCUUGAUCGACCUGGGAAAUUAUCAUCAUAUAGAACUCGACGAGGCCAACCACACGGUCUGUGUGUCGCCGAGCACUACUGGAAAGACUCUGAAUGGACUCUUGAAGGAAAAAGGAUUAAUGUUUGCCGGUGGCCAUUGUCCCGACGUGGGCUUGGGCGGCUUCCUCCUGCAAGGCGGCAUGGGCUGGAAUUGCAAGAAUUGGGGCUGGGCUUGCGAGCAGCUGUUCGCCAUCGACGCCGUGAAUUCCCAAGGUGAACUCGUGCACUGCAACACUACAGAGAACUCGGACCUAUUCUGGUGUGCCAGAGGAGCAGGACCUGGCUUCCCGGCCGUCGUAACCAAGUUUUACCUCCACGUCCGCCCUGCACCUACUCACAUGCUGAGCACCGUCCUUUUCUACCCGCUUUCCAAGUAUCAUGAGGUCAUGGAGUGGGUGAUCAAGACUUCCAAAGGGUAUGACAAGGACACUGAAAUUGUUUCAGUCGCUGCUACGCCUCCAGCAGAGUUGGGCAUUACACAGCCGUGCAUCACACCGCUGUUUGUGACAUUCAAGAACUCGGAGGAGGAAGCCAAAGCCGCCCUGAAGAUUGCCAACGAGACCCGUCCAGCAGGCGCACUCCAUGAGCUGAUCAACCAUCCAACCAACCUUGCAGAGCAAUACAAGAACCAAGCGGAAGCAAACCCAGAGAACCACCGCUACUGUGCUGAGAAUGCGUAUAUCAGCAACGACGCCGAUGUCCCAGCCGUCCUUGAAAGGGCCUUCACCACCCUGCCCACCUCGAAGGCAUUUUCGCUCUGGUAUGCGAUGUACCCGUGCAGUCGACGACAGCUACCUGACAUGGCUCUCAGCAUGGCGACAGACCACUACUUUGCCCUUUACACAGUCUGGGAGGACGCAUCCGACGAUGCUCGAUGUCGCAAAUGGGUCAAGGACAUCAUGACAGACGUGGAACGGCACAGCGACGGCUCAUACUUGGGCGACUCGGACUUCCAGAUUCGCCGGACCAAGUUCUGGAAGAGUGAAAACGGCACGCGUUUAAUGGAGCUCCGACGAAAGCUAGAUCCCACAGGCCUGAUUUGCGGAUAUCUGGACGAAGAUGAUCGUUCAGGCACUGAUGGAUUACCGAACCAGCAAGAGUGGCGGGAGCUGCACUCGUCUAUCUAA